AGAGAUGAGAAUAUACAUUUAAGGAUCAUUUCCCUGGACGAUGUGGGAUGUUACAAUCCACCUCCUUUAGGGGCCCGACGUCCUCGUCGGCACACCACGGCCAGGGUUAGGCUCUGAUAUGUUACAAUAAUACACACAUCAAAAUUUACCAAUUCCUCUCUUCUCUCUUUGCUUCCGCACCUCUCUCUCCCUCUAUAUAAUUCUUUAAUUAAAUAGGCUUGCAACAAUGAAAAGUUUAUUAUAGCAUUUUAAAAUUACUAUAGUAAUUUUCAUAGCAUUUUUGAAAUGCUAUCAAGGGUGGUUAUAGCAUUUGUAAAAUGUUAUAGAUGAUAUUUUAUAGCAUUGAAUAAAUGCUAUAAAAAACAUUUCAUAGCAAUUGAAAAAUUCUAUAGAAUUGUAGCAUGACCUAACAUAGCAUUGGAUAUGCUAUAGAACACUUACUAUAGCAUUUUUGGUUUGCUACAGAAAGUGGUUUGUGGUGUAGUGUAUGCUCAUAUGCGUUCAUCGUGUACUUGUUAGAGUUAACCUUGUCACUUGGAGAAGUAAGAAAUAAAAAGUGGUAGCUAGAUCGAGUGUGGAUACCAAACCUCGUAUUGUAUCACAUAUUGUUUGUGAAUUGCUUUAGUUGAAGAACUUGAGAAAUCUUGGGUUCAGACCCAAGAAAGCUAUCAGUUUGCAUUGUGACAAAAAUUAAUGCAAGAACUGAGAUCGCUCAAAAUUUGAUACAAAAUAUGUUGAGAUUGAUCGGCUCUUUAUUAAAGAGAAGUUAGAUAACGGAGUGAAGAUCUGUUAGUUCAUUUUUUUACUCUAGAGUAGUGUGUUCAAACUUGUUUGACAAGUUGAAUAUGCGAGACCUCUGUACACCAACAUGAGAGAGAGUGUUAUAAGACAACUUGGUAUUUUAGGAAAAUAUCAUUAGAUUUCCUCUUGUAUCUUCGUUUACAAGUAUAGCACACUUGUCCAGUCACCAAUAUAAUUAUCCGUGUUGGAGAAGAAUAAUAGGUCAGAAAAUUUCAAAAUAUUUUGAUGAACUCAUGCACACGGACAUAAUUUCACAGAAAAGGGGUGCCGUUGACAUAUAUAAUUUAAGAAGAAAACAAGGAUAUAAUAAACUCACUGGAGAACUAUUGCCAUCCAUUUUUUUGCUAACAGUUUCACUCGGGGGCUUCUGUCUGUUUGCAAAGAAAUCGUAUAUACUUAACAAUUUCCAAUUCAUUUCAAAUUUAGUGCCAAAUCUAAAUUCUUUCUUUUAAAUAGUGCAAUCAUGGGCCUCAUUUUUGUCUCUAGUCGAUAAUUUAUCACAAAGUGAUGAUAAUUAUCCAAUCAUUGGUAUCAUAUAUAUAAAUCUGGUAACCUAAGACAUAUAGAAGAUAAUUAUAUGUCGUUUAAUUUCCAUAUGAAACCUACGAAAUAUCAUGUUCAAUAUAAGCCGUGUUCUUGCACUAUAUAUUGCUCAAAUUUGUGUUUCACAUUACAAGGUCCCAUUCCAUUCCUUUCAUUAGUUGCUUCUUUUGCAUUUUCCAGCAUACAAUGGUAAGAAGUUUCAAUGCUUCGUGAUAAAUUUUACACUUACUUUAAUUUCUUCGUGGAACAACUGGAAAAUAACUUAACGUAUUCUGUGAUAUGUAACCAACCCUGCAUGCAGGAUAAUUAUGCAGCUGCUUUUUGUAUUAUCACUACCGUUGUUUCGAUAACUAUCAAUUGCAUCGGUGCUGAUGUGAUUCCUGGCGUAUAUGACGUUCUAAAUUAUGGGGCUAUGGGAGAUGGGACUACAGACGAUACACUGGCGUUUAUCAAGGCAUGGAUUGACACAUGCAACUCAACCGCAACCGUUCCUACAAUGUUGAUUCCAGCGGGAAAGAUAUAUUUCGUUUAUCCCAUGAACUUUACAGGCCCUUGCAGGUCUAUUGCCACCUAUGCCACGCUAUCUGUGGUGAUUGUAGCACCAAAUACUCCCGAUGGAUGGAAAGGAGCUGACCUGCUGGCGUUUAGGGGUGUAAAUGGCCUUACUUUGAAUGGCUCGGGACUCAUUGAUGGACGUGGUAAAAGCUGGUGGGAUGUCUCAUGCAGACAUCAUCCAGAAUUUAAGGGAUGUAUAGGCCGCGCACCUACAGCACUUAUGUUUCAAGGCUGUAAAGAAGUUUAUAUGGACCACUUCAACGUUGUAAAUACUCCACAAACUCAUAUACUAGUAUGGGGAUCUGAGGGAGUUUAUUUCUCAUUCAUCAAAACAGAUUCACCUGGAACCAGCCCCAACACUGAUGGCAUUCACAUUCAAGACUCCCAACAUGUGGAAAUCCAUGGUGCAGAACUAAAAUCCGGCGACGAUUGUGUAUCCAUUGGAGACUACUGUUCACACAUUUAUAUAACUGACGAAUCAUGCGGACCUGGCCAUGGCAUAAGGUUGGUCAUUUAUUUCCUUAACUUAUUUUUUUUCAUAUCCGUGGAGCCAAAAAUAAUCACAAGGCGACACGUGGAUUUUUAGAUAAAAAAUGACAAAAAUAUCCUUGAGGUACAACGGGAUUCUUACGCGCGAGUAGCGGGCAAUCAUCCUUCAACUAAAUAAAAAGUGCCCAAAAUAGGUAACAAUUCAAAACCUAUCUCAUCAAAUC